ACCGCAGCCAGAAAUUCCUCUGCUUUGUCAUUCCUUUUCACUCAUUCAUUGUUUGUCACGUCGAGUCAUACAAAGACUCUUCUGGUCAAUAAAAGGUCCAACUCAUCGUCACUCGUUUACAGAGAGGUAAGCUCUUUGCCCUUCUUUUCGCACACUUCACGAAGCUGCGGCGGUACAGUCAUGACUAACUCAGCUCGCAGAGGGCAAAAUCGCCGUGGCCACGCUCGGCAGCAUUCGCAACAUAACUUCGCCGAAUACCACGACGACGAGCAAGACUCUCACUGGUCUGAGCCCGUCGACGAGUAUUCCUUGACGACGUCCGCUUCACAUCUCGAUCCUAUUCCUCAACCUAGUCGAAAAAAUGUCAUUUCACGACGACCCGUCAAUCCGGUAAUAUCUACGGAGCCGCCUCCUUUCACGAACCACGACAGCGAGCCUCCUACCUCCCCGAUCAUCCCCUCUCCUUUGCGCAUCCGCAAACCCAAGACCGUCACGCCCGUCAUGGCAGCCCGCUCGGUGCGUCUACUAGUCGCGUCCAUCGGCAACCCUCCGCCUUAUCACACGACCCGACACUCUGCAGGCCAUCUCCUCCUCAAGACGAUCGCUGCCAACCUGAGUCUUCCGCCGCUCUCGAAGGGCAAGGCUCUCGGCUCAGGGAGCGUCAGUGUGGGAUUUGAUCGCGGCAGUCCAGAAUACACACUUUGGCAGAGCGCAGCCGUGAUGAACGUCUCUGGCGCACCAACGCUGAAAGCAUGGAAACAGUUCACCAAUAUACAUCCUGCUUCGGCAGACGUCGUCACCGCACUGGUUGUCCUACACGACGAACUCGAGUCGCCGAUCGGGACGAUCAAGCUACGCCGAGGUGAGACGAGUGCCAAGGGUCACAAUGGGAUUAAGAGUAUACAAUCGUCACUGAAGUCUGCUGGUCUGCUACCUGCGAUGGGCGAGCGGUUCAUAAAGAUUGGCAUUGGCAUUGGACGGCCUCAGUCCAGGGAGACGAAUGAUGUCUCGGCUUGGGUGCUCGGACAGUUGACGCAGAUGGAGAAAGGGAAGAUGGAGGCCGCGACGGAUAGUGUCAUCGCUGUGUUGAGGAGCGAGAUUUCGAGGCUGGAAAAUGCUUGAAUGCUGUCACGCGGGAUGGAUUUUUACAGAUAUGAUACCCCAUUUUGCAAUACCUGGAGAAGGAAUUUUUGGCGCUAUUUGCGACUGGAAGGUGGGGAGCAAGAUAUGCAAGCGCUGUAUGAUAUGGUCAAAUAAUAAGGAAUAUCCAUUCUAUCUUGCUUUUGAC